AUGGAUGCUUUUGAGGCAAGAUUGCAGUUUUUGCAGGUUAUAAAGAAUCUUCAUAAGACUCUUAACGCUAGCAAGGACACCUCUCCAAUUUCUAGUGGAGGACAGCAGCAGAAUGACCCCGUACAGUUCUACCUUAGGCAUUAUGAACACCAUUAUGAAGAUUUUCAGCAGUGCAUGUUAGAUUCAACACAGAAAAUGGACUCCCUUGAUAGACUUAACGUUGUUAUUUACUGGAGCAGAUUAAUAUCAAUGCUGUGGCCUCGAUGUAUGAAAGAUGUAAAUGGAGAGCAGAAUAUACCCGGCAAAGUGGUAUAUGAGCAUCUUUUAGGACAAUUAAGUGAUAUCAUGUUGUUGGUUCUACCUGAGAACGACUGGAAGUCUCUCACAAACCUCAAGGUUUGUAUCGAUAUUUUCACUUAUUUGAAUAGUCUUUGCGGUGCUAUAGAGGAUUCCACGAAGAUAAGCCAUCUGACGCAAACCAGGGAGGACUUCAUUUCUAAAAUAGAUCCUCCGCUUGCAACUCAAGUUUCUGAGCAUAAGCUAGAGGUACCGUGGUACAAACCCGAAAAAAGUCACGAUUGGGUUAAAUCUUUUUCUACUACCCUAGAUCUUCUGAUAGACCGCAAGAAACUCGCAUACUAUUUACAAGAGUAUUAUCGUCAAAAUGGCGCAUGUGCACUAAAAAGUGGUACAAAUACUAGUAUUAUAUUGCAUCGAAUGGAGAACGACCGUGAAAGACACAAGAAAUCCAAGGAGCAUUUAUGGCUCACGGAGAGGGAUUAUAUUUUAGAUACUCGAGAAUUUGAUUUGUUAUGGCGAUCUUUUGAAGGCAUGACAAAGAAUGACUAUAACACCGUUCGAGAGGUCAAUAAGAUCGCUCACAGCAGUUACAUGUACAAUUGA